AUGUCAGCCCCCAACUUGAAGGCUAACCGUGCACAGCCGCUCGAGGCUCGUCCCAAGAAGGCCUCGGCUAUGAAGAGUGUUCCGAUCCUUGAGAAACCAUUGAGCGAGCUUCCAAACAGCAAGGGCUCAGACCCGCUGGAAGAAAUCACCGAAUAUGCCCACAGAUCGGUAGAGCGGCGUUGGAAGGAGGCCGAAGUCACCGGCAGGGUGAAACGGCCCCUUAACAAGUUCUUGCUCUAUCGCAAGGCCUAUUAUAGUACCGUCAGCAAGACCGAUAUGCAGAAAGCCUCCCUUGUCAUUGGGGAGAGUUGGGCAAUGGAGGGCGAUGAGCUGCGGAACUACUUCACUGGGCUUGCAAAUACGGACACAAUGCUUCACAAGCAGGCGUUCCCGGGCUACAAGUACACGCCACAGUGUGCCCCGAAGAAUGAAGAGCUGGAAGAGCUGGGUUGUGAUGGAUAG